GGCCAAUCAGCCGCCGUGCAAAUGCGCAGCAGCUUUCGACCGCCUCCGCCCCGGCCAAUCAGAGCGCGGGCAUUGCCAAUCGUCGCGGCUCAGCACGAAGUAUAAGUAUCGGCUUCAAUCCAGCAUUCCUCCUCCAUCUCUCACUGCCUGAAUCGUACUUUCAAGACCCCAUCUAGACUACUUCCUGUGCCGUUCGGAGCAUUCCAAUCUACCAAACCGAUCAGAUCUCUCAUCCGCCCGGAACUGUUGACACUGUUGAUUACGUCAUAUCGGACCUUUAACUACUUUCCAGCUCCAACAAUCAAUCCGUCAAUAUGGUUCACCCUUCCACCUGCUGCAAGACCUCCGGUGACGGGAGCUGUGUCUGCGCCGCCCAGGCCAAGUGCUCCUGCGGCAAGGAGAACGCCCUCCACUGCACGUGCAACAAGGCAUCCAGCGAGAACACCGUUGCGGGAGCUCGAUGCUCAUGCCGAGCUCGCCCGGCCGGCCAAUGCACCUGUGAGCGUUCCGUCAGCGAGAACAACCCCGUAACAGGCGAUGCCUGCCCCUGCGGCAAGAGGCCCGAAUCUUCUUGUACCUGUGAGAAGGCCGGCGCUGUGGAUGCGGCGGUUGACCACCUCGAAACCGACUUCACUACCCGUGCUUAGAUGACUCUUCUUUGGGCCCGGGGGGGAGGGGGGGUAAGAUUACCUUCUGCCUCUGGCUUGCUUUUAUGUGGCACGUGUACUUUAUAGGGACUGGUGUUCUUUCUGGAGUUUGACGGAUGUUCAGGCUACUAGAUCUGCUUCCUCGGUUGUGUGGGUUUUUUGAUAUCGGGAUUGGGGCUACAUUGUUACCAUGAGCAUUGUAUAGGGUGGGAAAAUCGAGAUGAUACUUUCAAAUAAUUGAAUGAUACUAUGGUCAAAUUGAC